ACCCGCCACCACCGGCUGGCAGCGGAGCUGCUGAACUCGUGUAGCUUGGUCGUGCGGAGAGCGCUCGUCCCGAACUGCACGCUCGCGCAAUCCUCGGCGGUUUGGAGGAGGAGGAGGAGGGGCUGCUCGGGCGGGCAGAGCCCCGCGCUCCUGGGGCGGGCUCUUAAAGAACUGGAGGACAUUAUAGUCAUCCUCAGGGAAUGAUAUAUAUGUACAUACACACAGAGGUCUGAACCUGUGUGAACCUUGAGAGUGAAUUCUUAUUGGCUGUAACCUGAGGAACUUAUUUUCACUCCAAUGUUGCUCUGAAAAAAGAUCUGCAUCUAAAACUCUGAACAAUCAGACUUGCCAAGUCUGCUGGACAAAUUGUCAUUAUGAUGGGCAACAGCAGCCUGCCAUGUCAACUUCAGAUUAACUCUCCUUGAGGACAGAAAGAUGCCUCAGGAACAGUACGCACACAGAAGCGCCAUGCAGAGCUCCCAAGGGCCACACGUGUACAAAGUGGGGAUUUAUGGCUGGCGGAAGAGGUGCCUCUAUUUCUUUGUGCUACUCCUAAUGAUUUUAAUCCUGGUAAACCUUGCUAUGACCAUCUGGAUUCUCAAGGUUAUGAACUUCACAAUUGAUGGAAUGGGAAACCUAAGGAUUACCGAAAAAGGUUUAAAGCUGGAAGGGGAUUCAGAAUUCUUGAAACCUCUCUAUGCCAAAGAAAUCCGGUCCAGGACAGGCAACCCUCUGUACUUCCAGUCUGCUCGGAAUGUUACAGUGAACAUUCUCAAUGAGGAGAGUAAAGUUCUUACACGUCUUGUAACAGGUCCCAAAGCAGUGGAAGCAUACAGCCAAAAAUUUCAAGUGCUAUCCCACCAGGGGAAACUGUUGUUUUCUGCAGAUGACAAUGAAGUGGUUGUUGGAGCAGAGAGACUGAAAGUUUUAGGAGCAGAAGGCACAGUGUUCCCUAAAUCCAUAGAAACUCCCAAUGUCAGGGCAGACCCCUUCAAGGAACUAAGACUUGAAUCACCCACACGCUCUUUGGUGAUGGAGGCUCCCAAGGGAGUCGAAAUCAAUGCUGAGGCUGGCAACCUGGAAGCCACAUGCAGGACAGAGCUCAAGCUGGAGUCCAAAGAUGGAGUGAUUACGUUGGAGGCCGCAAAUAUCAAACUACCUAGACUGCCUCAAGGAUCCUCCUCUUCUGGAUCCAGGCAAAAAACCUAUGAGCUGUGUGUAUGUCCCAACGGGAGGCUAUUCCUUUCCCAGGCGGGAUCUACUUCCACCUGCCAGAUAAACACAAGCGUCUGCCUUUGAGAGAGACUCCUUGCGGCAGGCACGGACGGCAGCACAGCGGCCUUUUCCGGCCUCCCUGAGAGCAGCUGCCAACUGUUUUUACUAGAACACAGAAAGCCUAUCAAAGACUUUUUUUGUGUGUGUGCGCGCGCGUGUGUGUGAAUAUAUAAAUAUAUAGAUAUAUAUAGAUAUAAAUAUAUAUAUAUAUCCUUUGUGUAAAAUGAGGUUUCAGUACAAGAAUCCCAGGGUGACCCUCUUUGUGUAGCAUUCAUCACUCCCUCAUCAAAAUUGGUAAACGAUGUGCAAAUUGGAUCCAGGUCCUUCCAGGAGUGACCAACCUGUGUAGCAGCCAUUCUCCAUCAGUCAGGAAGAUGCUUUCAAGCCUCUCCAGGUUUAGCUACGGCCACCUCACCUGCGACAUUGUGCCUACGUGGCUGUGAGGAGGAACCGUGUCACAGGAUAAGAUGUCGUCAGCUCCCAACAGGCACGCCACCUUCAUGUUUGUUGGAAUGCAGGUCCCCAUAGAAUUGAUUCUGCUGCAUCCAUCUACAUCUGUGUAGGGAUAAUGCUGUGUGAAGCAACCCAAAGAUAAAGGCCAAAAAGGGCAGCUUAACUUGUAGCAAUCCUUCUCAGCCGAGAUCUGAAAGCAGAGAAAUUAAAAGAAAGGAAGGGAACAUAAAUAGAUCAGUUCCAAUAUCUGGGAUGAAUCAGGAAGAGGUGAGCUUGCAUUGGCAGUUCAUCUCUUAGUCCACUUUAGCAAUAUUCAGAUGGUCGGGGUCAGCACAGUUGUUUCAUCAAAGCCUUCCCCUCCUUGCCCUUUGAAAAGUAUGGUUAUGACACAUAUAGAUGAGAUUCCCCUGUUACUUACUGGUUCAUCAAGGCAGAUCAUAACUGCCUGGUUAACAGCAUCUCUGAUUCUUACUGCGCCAUGAAAAUCCAAAAAGUAAGAUGAGGAAACCUGCUUAGAGUGUUCCAAGGCACUUCUGGUUAAAUCACAUGCUAUCAUUUUCACUUGGAGGCACGUUUAUCAAGAGGAGCAUCGCACAUUGCUGUCUCUGACCCUGGGUCUGAUGCUGACAGCUGACAUUGUCAGUGAAAUGGGAGCAUCAUUGGAGAACGGAGGCUCAGGGCCAUGAAGAGACACCCCCGUGCCACCAGCCCCUGCCUAGCAUCCUACUUCUCUCUCCCUCUCCUGACUCUGCUUUGGACCACAAGGCAUUGAGCAAUGGUCUGUUGACCAUGCUCAUAGAGGCUCCUCUACAUAUUUGGGAGCCCCGAUCGCCUGGAGGAGCCCCCUUUCCCAAGAGACAUUCAGUGUAUGGAGGGUUGGGUUAAUUGGACAGCCAUGAGGGCCUGUGUAGAUUGGCGGGUAAAGGGGGGUGAAGGGUGGGUCACUUUCAUGGAAGAGUAGAAUUAGGAUUACAUUUCAGAACUGAAAUUUAAAUAUAGCAGCUGGGGCCAGGUGAAAAACCUGUGCACAAGCAUGAGAAAGAGCCUAUUCUGACACACUUAGCUGACUUUCAACUUGAGGUUUUUCAUUGUCUAUUAUAUAAUCCACUCAGAUUAGGAAGGAUGAAUGAGACACCUCAUCGAUGUAUCUUCAGGGGAAAGAUUGUCCUGAUGGAAGGAAAAAAGAUGACUCAGCAAGAGAGAACCUUGCACUGAGAAUGUUUAUCCUGCCAUGCCAACUCUGUCAAACACGCUUUUCUCUGAGCAUCAUUACUGUCUGCAGUGCAGAUGACCAGAGAAUGAGCUUCAGCUGUAUAAUAGUGUGGGGUGGAAUGCACGUUUGACCCCAAAAAUCACAGAGAUGUGCAGCAAAGGGCAAUUUUUGUCCAUUGAUGCAAGAUGCCUCCUGCACAUGCAAAAACAUAGGAAGUUUGCAGCCAAUUAGUGUCUAGUUCACCCUUUGCUAUCAACAUUUCAGACUUUAUUUUCUGAUUUUUUAAAUUAAAGCAAGAAUGCCAAGACCUGAUUAGGAAUAUGCCUGGUGGAACUUGGCUUGGAGGGGACUGCAAAUGUUUCGGAGUGCCAUAACUGCUCCAAAGGCCUAUUUGAGUGAGAAAGAUUGGACAUAUCUGUAAAUUAAGGAAAUCCCCUAUCUAGAAAGUUAGCUAACUAAAAAGAACACAGUGUCAAAUAUCAAGAGAUGCUUAUUUUGAAACAGACCUUUCCAGGGGUUUCCUGCAAUUAUGGCACAAUUAGGUCUUUGAAAAGUAGUACAUGAUUGCCCUUUAAAAAGAAUCCAAGACAACCUUCCCAACAGAAGCAUUCGAGGGAUGGCCAUGAUGCAGUAGAAACAACAGCAAGGGGUCCUGUAGCACUUGAGGACUAACAAGAUUUUUUUUGGGUGCAGGGAGCAGAAAUUUGUACACUAGAAUAAAGGUGGCCACGGGGUCAUUCUACUGACUUGCUCUAAAGGGAUGAUCUGUGAAUGGCAACAGUGGCAGCCACAGAGCUCUGAUGGAUCAUGAGACGGACCCAGUCUUACAAAGCUGGUUCCAUAAAUGACUUCCAGGUGUCCUUCUGUAAUGGCUGAGAACAGACAAAUAGUGUGGAACCCAGCCUUACACUGAAUCCUUACACUUCAUUCGAAGGAGGCUGAUAGACUUGCGGCAGCCGCAGAGCAGAAGUUCUGUACUCUUUCAAGCCAUUUUCUUGGAUUUCUUGUGGGCUCGAGAGCACCAAGAACUUGAUAACAGAACUGUUGAAGUCAGUUUGGAAGGCACUCCUAUUGAUUUCAAUGACAUUUGGAUUAAGCCAUUUCUAAAUAUUGUACUUAGGCGCUUCAGGUUGAUGGUAAAGAAGGCUUGAAAACACCCGUGAAGUGCACUUUUAGUGGACAGUGAAAGGAGCCGCUUUACAUUCUUUCUACAGUGCUACCCUGUGCAUGGUUACUCAGAAGUAAGUCCUAAUGUGUUCAGUGGGGCUUACUCCCUAGUAAGUAUGUUUAAGGUUGCAGUCUUGGUGUCACUGUAUGGACUUUUAAACAGCAUUUGCUAAUCAAAUGGCUCGUGCCAUUGCUAUAUUGAGCUGACACUUAAAUGCAAGGGGGUCACCCAGGAUAACAAUUGUAUUGGGACACAGGACUAUACAACAUCUCUGUUCAAAGAGGGAGACUUGUGCCUAUGCCUUAAGUCAAUGCACUCAGCAAGGAGAAGCACAUCAUAUUUUUCUUAUUAUUAACAGUUGGUUUAUUUGGAGUCUAAAGCUUGGAGAGAAUGGUGGUUGCAAUGUUUGCGAUGUGAAUGGAAGCUGCAGAAAUACACUCGCUGGAAAUCCACAAAGCCCAAGGAGCAUCGGGACAAAAGUCAUGCUUCAGCCUCGCUGUUGAACUUCUCAGUUCAUCCUGGAGGUCCAGCAUCAGAGGCGUUGCUGUACUGUGGUAGUUUUUCUUUCUUUUUCCUUUCACAUUGAACCGUGAUCUCAUAUGAAAGCCAUUUCAUGAAGGAAUAUUUGUCAGGAUGCCCGAGAUGGCAAAUGACCUCAGCACUCAAAAGCAAACCUGCAUAACACAAGGUAACAGAGAUGUUUGAUUGUCUCUUCCUCCAUUCACUUUAUCGAUAGUGAAAGCAGACAAUGAAAGACGUUCUUUGCAAUGACCUAAUGGCAUGUUUAAAUGUUUACUUGUUGGUUUAUGAUGAGCUUUUCUUUCUGAUUUUUAUGUUAAUUUGAUCCUGAUCUUUAAAGUUAAGAAUGUAAGGAUUGUAUACAUGUCCUGCCUUCAAGGUUGAUUACAUAGAGCAGAGACAGAAAGUGGGAAGGAAUGCUAUCAAGCCAUUUCUCAACAGCCAUCAAACAUACUUUGGAUGGUGAACUUGCGAGUUCCUCAUCCAGGUUUAUCUUGUAGCUUGGGAGACAUUUGCAACCUACCAUCAAUUCCAAAAGUAGACACCUCUCACAUCAGAAAAGCAAUUAUUUAAAUUUUCCUUUGCAGGAACUCUUUCCUUUAAAACAAUGUGUGUAGGAAAUGCCAAGUUUUGAAAACAAAAAACUUACACAUCGUUGAAAGAAAACAGUUUCCCUUUCCUUGUCUUCCUCCAACCCUGUAUUCCCUAGGAAAGGUCAAGCACGGAACUUGUAGGCAACUAAAUUCCUCAAAUUAUGGUUUAUGUCGUAUGUAAACCUAUGUUGGCUUCAGAAUUUUACAUUAUAGGUAGUUUCCCCAAUGUUCCUUAAUAGCAAUAGUUUGGUGUGGCAAUAGCUUAAUGUGGCAAAAAGCCAUGUCUAUCAAAACAGUUCCAUAUCUGCAGUCUACUGAUGACAUACAUCUCUUUGUCAUGUAAAGCUGAUGUUGCCCCUGCCGCAGGCACUUUAGCCAAAUCAAUCGUGUUUUCGUGGGAUUUAUUUUUGUUUUAAUGAACACCUGUCACAGGCACAAAAGUUGGCCCAUGUGUUGGAAAAAUGGAUCACAAGCAAUUUGUUUUUCACUGUGUCCUGCAAGGCCUUUACAACAGCAACCUGUCCCUAACCACAAACAUUAUGCACCAUGUUUAAAGUGUUGGGAUAAACAGGGCAAUUUCAGAUCUAAACUGCUAAAUGCAUUCACAAAACAUACAGAUCUCAGUUAUUGUUAUAAGUAAGUGUUAUUCUUGUUAUUUCAGAGAAGAACACAAGUAUGUUGCCAGUUUCAUCUAUAUGCACACACUGCUUUCUAAGAGUUGGAAAAGUUACAAAUAUCUUCCUGUAUAAAGGCAGGAAAAUAUUUGUGCCUGGUUGAGGAUUUUUAAAAAGUAUUAUAUAACAGCAACUGAGAUACAUGUUUUGAGAAUUCUUUCAAAAACUGCUAUUUCUAAUAGGUGUUUGCUGUUCUGAAGCAAUAUUGGCUUUUUCUAAGGGCUUCUUUACAUGAGGCAGUUGUAGUGCACUCAUGAUCCCUCGCUCAUGGAAGUUUGUGGGGCCUUUCCACAAUGUCAUCAUCCUCCGAGGCCUAUCCUAUGUUUUCCAGCUAUUUUCAUGGGAUUCUUUUAGAGUGAGGAAGGUACUAAAUUUCAAAUCACAACAAACUGGAACAAAAGCCUUGUGUAAAGUAGCAAUUCUGCAAUAUUACAGCUAUAGUGCAAUGCCACCUUGUGGUUGGUUAAUAGAAUAUAUAAAAAGGCAGAAAAAUAUAAACCCUGGAAGGAAAAAAAAAGUAGAGGACACAUUUUUCCUCCUCUAGUCCAAAUGGAAGAAGGAGGCUCCCUGAAGCAGCAGGUUAAGCUGCUCAUGUAGAGAAAUCCUAACUCUAAAGAUAUUCAUACAAAGACCUGUUGCAAGUAAAAAUAAAAUAAAAAAAAUGGCACAUUAGCACUUGGGGAUCAGUCACUAAAAACCAUAUUGGCAUUCCCUUGUUGAAAACCCUGUGUGUUUUCCCAUGCGAUGAAAAUGUGAUUUGGUGAGCUCUGUAGCCAUCUUGGUGAAAUGCUUUGUGAUUAUUUUCAUUGCAUAAGUUGUUGGUACUACACAUUCUUCACUCAGAUCCACUAACAUCUGUUCCUCAGUUUUGGUUCACACUGUCGUAUUUCCUCGGUGGCAGGAUCUUUAUCUCUGGUUGCCAAGCAAAAGCAAAGGUGGGUGCUGAAUUUGCUUUCUCUGAAAUCAGUGUAAGAGAGGUCAUGAGCUUAAAUGCCUGCAGUGGAUUUUCUGCAUCAGGAUUCUUGACCUGAUCCUCACCAACUUGUCCAUGGAAACCCUGUUAGAGACCACAAAGACAUGUAAUAUUGCAUUCUCUUGCACUAUAGCUGCUUCUACCCUAAAUACACAGUGAUUGAUACCACAUUCAGCACACCUUAAGGCAGUAUUUAUGCUAGACAGAUGCACUGAGUCACUGUGCCAGUUCCCUUUGAAGGGCUCUGAGAGCAUGCGAGAAUUGCUUUACACCAGGAAGGGAAGCUACUCCUAGUAGUGUCUUAUGCACUGGCACUUUUUCUGAAAACAGAUUGUAUCGCCUUGUGGCUUGGUUUGAUUCAGCACUUCAUUUACUAGGUCAACUGCUCAAAUGAGAAAUUGCCACUGAGGAAAUGGUUAUACUGGGGUAAGACUCUUAACAGGCUGUUAUGAUACAGAGAUACUAAUGAGUCUACAGAUUAAUCUUGAGCAGAUCUGAAAUUUCAGCUUGUUGGCUUCCAUUGCGCAUGGUUAUGUCAUGUGCACAAUUCUGUGAAAGCCAGUUUUGCUCGCAUGCCCUUAUUUGGGAGGAAGCCCCACAGAACUUGGAGGGGGUGUUUGUGAGUAGACAUGUGAAGUAUUGCACUGUAAAUCGAAUUGCUUUCAAAAAGGGUGCUCUGCUUUUCUUUACACAGCAAGUGAGACUUUUUAUUUGGCCAGGUUCUAAUGAGGCUAUGCAAGCUGCUGAGCUGUGCAAGGCCUUUGCAGCUAAGGGGCAGUGUCCAGUGCAAACCAAGCUCGAAUAUAAAUCAUGUUGCACCAGCAUCAACAACCUCUAUUGCAAUACCACUGGUCAUUUGCUGAUGCAACGGGCAAAACUCAUUGCACCUGUUCAUCUCACAACAGGAUAUCUACAUGUACAAAAGCAGGCAUGGCCUAGAGCUCAGAAGCUUGUGUAUUUUCUUGUAGAGAUGGUGGUCCAGGGUGAGUUACUGGUUUUCCUCUGCUUGACAUCCAUGGUGAUAAUUUCCACUGACUCUUAGAAACUUUCCCUUUUAUGAUUAAGAGGUGUCUGCGGUGGUUGAAGUCUGAAGUUCAACAAUCUUGAACAUCGCAGGGCUAAUCCUUGCCCUUCUUGGAUGCUGCAAAUUGAUGUGUGUGCGCACACUAAAGCAUCCCUUUUGUGGUGUUGGCACACAAUGGGGAGAGCAAGUCAAGCCACUGUGUUAAUUGGCCAUACUUAGCAUCAAUUGCACUGGGAUUUCGGUCACGAUGUUAAAAUAAGUGGCAAAAACCUGUGACUUGUCUUCCUAAUGAAGAAUAGUAUCAAGCAGUAUUUUGAAGUGUAUACAAGGUGGGAAAUAACUUGAAGAAUUGGGUGGGGGGGAAUGUAAACCUAAAAGGCUUGUUAAAACAUUUUCUGAGAUAGAAGGAGAAAUUCAACAUUGUCAGCAAAAGCUUCUUUUUUGAUAGGUGGAACUCUUGUGAUUCUGUCACAGGGAGAAGACUCUUGAAGCCAGUAUAUCUUCUCUCUAAUGCGGAGAUGUACUGCGGUUGCACUGAGCUGAAAGUUUGUUUUACAUUCCUGCUCAACUUGUGCCAGCCUAACACAAGAAGCAGCCCCAAGAGACAGAUUUAGGCUACAACCAUGUAUGCUCUAGCCUCCCAAAACCCACAUGGAAAUCAGUGGGACUUACUUUUAAGCAAUCAAAUAUAGGUUUCUGCUGUUAAUUCUGCUGCAUUCCAGCUCUAGGUCCAUCAAACAUAUUAGCAUAUCCUGACUUAAAAGCUGCGUGGCUGCUUUUCUUUUGCUUGCGAUCACAUUUUGUGGGAAAGGCCAAAGUGCAUCCAUGGAUAUUGCAAAUUCUGGAAUGGAAGAAUUGGAGAGGUCAGUGAUGUGUGCUUGAUUAAUUGGAUAUGUACUUGAGAGGCAAAGGUGCCACCAAAUGACAUUUCUGCAUUAUGAAAGGUGAUCAUGGGACUUUCACUGCUUUUGCAACAGACCUCACAAAGCUUAUGUUUAAUCUAGAUUAUUCUCAAGCUUCCAAGUAACCUGGCAAGGGUCAUAGAUUAUGAAAAUAUAUCUGCUAUGGGAAAAGUAAAGAUACUUGUUCAUUAGCAUGAUUAUGUUCAAUUGAUCACCCUUCCAACUUGAUUGACAGUUGUGUGGAAUCGCUUUUAUUAUUUAAUUGUUUAUUUAUUUUGUUGGAUUUUUAUUCUGCCCCAUUAGCCAUAAGGCUCCCUGGGUGGGUUAAAAAGUUAAGUUGCUUACAUGUCAGCCAGCCAAGUCUGAUAAAACUCAGUAUGUUUGCGCUGAAGUCUUUUUAGUUGAAGAGAUUGUGGAAGGCUACUGAUGUGUAGUGGUUUCAAUAAGUAUGCUUGGGCGUACUUUAUUUACUUUUUAUGCUGUGUAUGAGUAGUUAACCUUAAGAAAUGGCAAUAAUUCUAUGUGUACAAGACACUUUGGAUCAUUGUUAUAUUGCUGUUUAACAGGGCAUAGUCCUCUUUUAAAAAAAUCAAGUUCUUUGGAACUUUCAUUUAAACAAUUUACUUGAAGCCUCAUUGGUUUCCACAGAUUUACAACGCAAUCCUAUGUGUGUCUACUCAACAGUUAAUUCCAUUAAAUUCAGUGGGCCUUCUCCCAAGUAAGUGGUUAUAGGAUGACAGCUUUUUGAAUCUCCUGAAGCUUUCUAGUUUAGGGAAUAGCCAGACCGCACAACAUCUAUUUAUUUUUCUCUUUUAGAAGAAAUUGUAGAUAGGUAACAUUGGAGGCCAGUACCUCCAAAUUAAGAGUAGGCAGACGCAUUGAAAUUUCCCAUGCAAACCUGUCUAAGCAACAGAUAUACGACAUUCUUUGGAAAUCGGUCUGACCAGUACAGAUGGUACCAUGCUAGGAAAGCUCAACAGCAUUGCCAUUUGCUGUUUCAUCUUGUAUCAAGCCCCUUGUCAUUCUUUGCUUCAAAUUUUCUUUGCUACUACGAUCGGCAUAGCAGCACGCAGCAUAUUCAGGUGAGAGCUGGGCUAUCUGUUAAUCUCCCUUUGAGAAGGGCAUGUUGCUAUUCGUCUUGUGAUCAAUUUUAGUUUUCAAAGAAAAAGUCCACUAAGGAGCAAACUCCAGCAUCACCCAGUGUGGCUGCCCGUAACAUUCAUUCAGAUUAUGGCCCUCUGUUUCUCUUUCCCUGCCAAAGACUGAGAGAAGCAAUUCGGGCCAACUGUUUUGUGUUUCCUAAUGUGGAGGGUGUGUGUGUGGGGGGGGGGCUCCUAGGUUACAUCACCCCCUCCCCAAGACUUGCUCCUCCCCUCCCUGCCUCCAGGAAUGCCUCCCAAAGGUCAGCUCCAAAGUCAGCCUUUGACCUCAGGGCUGCGACCAAAACGGAAAGGAGCACAUUGGCUCCCAGGGUGCUUUGAGUCAGAGCCUCAGUUCCAGCCCUGAGGGCUUUUCCCUCUCCUACAGCCAUCUAAACAGUGACUAGGAGCCACAGAAUUGCCCCCUCUGUGCAGUUUAUUUCCCUUGCCAUUAUUCCUACAUGAUCUGUCUGCCAGAGGUUGUGGGUGAUGGGAGGAAAGUUUUGGACCAAAAAGGUUACACUUACAUAGCACUGCUGCUAUCAAAUACUUGAAAUAAAAAUGUGCCUCCUUAGAAUGCCCCCCCACAAACACACACACACUUUGUUGUGCUUUUCUAUUACUAAAGGUACUUGGGGGCCUUUCAGAAAGUUUCCUUAGGAUGAAAUGCUUCUACUUAUCUUAUAAGAGUAAGUCUGCAUCAUAGCAUGUGUCAGCUGCAUCUUUGCAUUGUUACAGAAUCAUAUUCCAUAUUCAUGCUUGGGGAUUUUUCUUUCCUUAUUCUAAAACCAUAUUCACUGAUAGGAGAUAGUAUAGGCUGAAGGUUCUGCUGCCUAAAUGCAUUACCGCUUCUAAAGCAAUGUUACUCCUAAAAGCAUGUGCAUGAUUUUUCUCACACCGAAGGAGCCUGUGUAACAACCUCAAGUGGUAUGAAUUUAGAAGCAACAACAAUGCAUCUCACAAAUAAUUGUGUGGGAUUCUGUUUGUCAUAAUAGAGUGGAUCACAAGUGUGCAUAGUAAAAGACACGGCUGAGUUGCUCCUUCCUGCAGUUUAAUUAUCACAUGUUUCCUCUUUCUAUAUAUACUAGUUAAGCUCUUGGAUUGAAAUUAGCAUUUUUGAUUGUUUGUUGCUUUGAGAGAAAGCCUUUAUCCAGGAGUCUUCUCUGAAUUUGCACUUAGGCGCUCUAGCUAAUUGUAACUGUUCUUUUGCUGCAAGAGCUAAUAUAUACUUUGGCAGUUUAUUAGUGAUAUCCCUGAUUAUAAGCCCAAACAGCCCAAAUGGUAUUAAUAGCCAGUGUGCAGUGUUCUCCGCAGUCAUCUUACACCUAGCAAGCAUCAGAAUGAGUGCAGGAGCAAGAGAUUAAGGUGAGCAUCACCAUGUGUGAAUUUAGUUCGCAUUGCAAAGGUAAGAAAAGCUGAGUGAGUAAAUGCUUCCACAGUUAAGGGGUAUAUAAUGCAGCCCUCCUAGUGGGCCCAUGGUUCUAAACAGUAGCUCCAGCAUAGGAUACAGAGGCUAAAAGCAGCAUUUUUCACAUGGGGAGGACAAGAUGCUGUAGGUGUUCAAAUCCUUUUGAUGGCAGUAACUGGGGCAGGGGGUAGGCAUAAGAUCUAGACUGCCACUGGCCAAGGUCUGACCUGAACCCAUGUGCACGCACUCCAUGGGAAAUACUCUAAGAGCAAAAGAGAAAGGUCCCCGCAUUGCCUUGUCCAUCCUCCUAACCCAUGGCAAGUUAACAGAGUAUGGAUACAGGCCAGGAUGAUACAGAAGAACUUUGUUCAUUUCCCUCAGUGUUUAUUUUUUUUUACUGCUAACUCUAUUUCUGCUGCUACUCAGCUGCCUCACUAGUCUGCGUUCCAGUCAAAAUGAAGGCCUCCAAAACAGCUACUUGAGGGGAAAAGGAAAGUCAGGAAUCCAUUGAUCUCCUGUCUCCUCCAUUUCAGUUCCUAGAAGUGUAUAUUUCAUAACCGUGUUCCCGUUGAGGACUGAGACUGAGAAGUUAUGACGGCUCCAGCCCAGGAGGCCUUUCUUCAUGUGCCUGUACCAAAGCAGCACACCGUGCUCAUGGUUGGGAUGCACCACCGGCUUCUCUGGCCUGCUCACUGUGCAGGUGGCAUGAGCAGAAGCCAGACCAGCUUUCAGCGAACUUUCGCCCACUGACAUCAAUAGGCAAAAAAGCACUUAUCUCUAGUUUGAAUCAUGCCUAACAUGCGUAUGGACGUGAACUUUCUAAAACAACUAGUUGAAGACGUCUGGCAUACCUUUCACGGCCUUCCUGUUAUGGAGGGUCACACUGGAUACGCUGGGGUGGCACAAGGUGCACGUAUGCAUGCACACAUGCCUAGGCAUGCAUGCAUACAUUCACAGCAGCACACACAAGCACACCCAUCCCUGUGUUCCUCCCUCCCCUCCAGCUCCUGCCCCAGAGUGCCUCAGAGGCUGGCUCUGGCUUAGAUCAGGUUGAAGUCAUGCUCCAACCAAAACCUCAGUUCUCGGGCAGGCCAGCCAAUCAGCCCGCCAGGAAUGCUGGCUCCAGGCCCAUUCCCAUCUUGAUGAAAAAUCCUAAUAUCCCCGUGUCUCCCCCAAAGUGGAUGGCUUCUGUCUGAGGAAGGAGGCAAGAGCAUUUAGGCACCACUCGUUGGACAGUCGUCUGUUCUGGGCAAGGAGAGCACCAGCCUUUGGGAGCUGCUUGCAGUCCCAGGGCCACGAUUUUUGUCCCCCCGCUAUAUUGGCUAGAAUGAACCAUUGAUUUAGGAAAUGACUCUCAGCUCAUAACUCUGUACGGAGAGCGUAGAUAUGUGUCGCACAGGAAUUCAAGCAUGCUUUUAGCAUUUGGAAAUGCCCUCAGUCACACGUGUUGACAAAGAGCCUUGCUGAAUCAAAUCAAAGAGCCAUCUAGUCUCGCAAUCUGUUUCCAGCAGCUGCCAGCCACAUGCUUUCUGGAAAAUUUAGAGACAAGGCACAGAGGCCCUCCCAUAUUAUGGAUCCCCCACAUCUGUUAGCAUCUGGCAACACUGAGGUUUACUGCCUUUGGGCACAUGGGUGCUGCUUUAAAUUUAGCUUUUUGAAACUUGGAGCAACAGCCUGGAUCAAACAGGCUAGAUACAGGAUUAAUCAUGCUUAGAGAAGCCCCUUAAAUCAACCCCCCUUAACGAUGAUCAACCUUUUUCAUGGCUGUACUGUAAGCAUGACUAACUCUGGAGCAAGCCCAUUGUUUCUGGCUUAGAUUGAUCGUUAGGGCUCACAUUCCAAAGUGUACAAGCCCUACUGUGUUCAGGGGCACUUACUUCCAGGUAAGUUUGCUUCUGGUUUGAAUGAGUCACUUUCUUGAGCAUGGUUUAUUUCAGAAACUUGCCGUGUCUGGAGACUGGUGCUUGAUCCAUUUGAUAAUUACAUACGUUGAACCACUAAAACGUGUAUAGAGAGCACUGAGAGCAAAGUACAUUAUCUGCUGGUAUAAGCAAUGAAACGUUAAAGCGUCAGAAUUCUGUCUGACUGCAAAAAGAGCAUUAAAAUUCAUCCAAUGUGCCAUUGUAGUUUUUCAACUGUCACCCAUUUUCUGACACCAAGGCCAUCAUAGAAACAGGAAAAAAGCCCAAGUUCUAAACCACAUGUUUCAUUGUUUGCGUUUUGUUUGAUUUUUAAUUUUUAAUUUAUGUAUGUGUGUGAUGGUGUGAGAAAAAAAAGCUUUUUUUAUCAAGUAACAUCGAUCCUUGCACACUCUAUGCAAAAUUUUGUAAGCAUUGCAAUAAUGCUAUGAAUUACACAAGGAACUAUUUUAACUUUAUUACACUUUCUGUAUAAAAAGAUUUGUAUUUAAAAUUAUUUCAACUGCAAUCUUGUAAAAUAUAUUAAUAAAACAAUGAUUGUUAAGAAA